UAAAUGGCUUCGAAUCCUUACGUUAAAUCGUUAAUAUGGUUAGUAUCCUUUGGUGGAAUUGGUUAUGGUCUUCUGCGCUUAACUGAACCCUCAGAUGAGAAAAUAGCCAAAAUACGAGCAACCACUGCAGGAGUACAUCUGAGCGAAGAAGAAAAAAAGAAAUUGCUAUUCCUGAAGAAAUUGCAAUCAGCUGUCACAGACAAGACUCCGGUGUAUUUGAAGAAGAGCGAAGACAAUUAG